AUGGAUAACGGCAAGGCCGCACAGAAGCGCCUGGAUGAUGACUCCUCCAGUGACGACCUGAGCGACAACUCGAGCAGCACCUCAGUUCGCUCGGCCGCCGUCGCUGGCAACGACUCGAGCGACGAAGAGGACUCGGAGCUGCGCAUUCAAGUGAACGACCAGACGGUCCUGCUGCGCGACCACAUUGCCAAGCAGAAGAAGGUGACCGCGCCCAACUACCACCCGAUCGAGGUGGCGGUGUCGCACCUGACCUGCACGGUCAAGGCGGCGCCUCCGCAGAAGACCCAGACCACGGUCGCCACCCAGCUCAACUGCCUGGCCCAGGCCAAGGCCAAGAAGGAGCCCAUCGACAUCCUCCACGAUGUGAACUUCUUUCUCCUGCCUGGCCAGAUGACCCUCUUGCUCGGCGCUCCCGGGUGCGGCAAGAGCACGCUGCUGAAGCUGCUCUACGGCAACCAGAAGGCGGGCAAGAGAAGCGGCACGAUUCUGUUCAACGGCAAGGACCCGCACGAUGGCAACUACCACCGCUCGGUCAACUUCGUGCCCCAGCAGGACACCCACAUUGCUCAGUUGACGGUCAAGGAGACGCUUCGAUUCAGUGCCGAUUGUCAGAUGGGCGAUUGGCUUCCGAGCAAGGAAAAGCAGAUGCGCGUCGACUCCAUCCUGCAGGUGCUGGGCCUCUCGCACCGGGCCAACACCGUGGUCGGUGACGCGCUCCUGCGCGGCGUGUCCGGCGGCGAAAAGAAGCGCGUCACGAUCGGCGUCGAGGCCGUCAAGGACGCCUCCAUCUUCCUGCUCGACGAGCCCACGACCGGCCUCGACUCCUCGGCUUCGUACGACGUCCUGCGCGCCGUGCGCCUGCUGGCCGACAUGGAGGCCACGGUGCUGGCAUCGCUGCUCCAGCCCAGCUAUGAGGUGUUCAGCCUGUUCGACAACGUGCUCAUCCUGUCGCACGGCGAGGUGGCCUUCUUCGGCACGCGCCAGGAGGCGAUGGAGCACUUCAACUCCCUCGGCUACAGCUGCUCGCAGAACACCAACCCGGCCGAAUUCCUACAGGAGGUGGCGGAGAGUGGGGCGGGUAUUGUGGCCAACCCGCUCAAGUACCGCGCUGACGCCGAGUACGACGAGGAGAAGGGCGCGGAGAACGACGACUUCCACUGGCUCACGCCCGCAGAGUUUGUCGACGCCUACAAGCAGUCCAAGUACUACGCGCGCACCAUCAGCGAGCUCGAGAAGAUGACCGGCGGCUCGUCUUCGUCGUCGCAGGCCUCGUCGCGCCUAUCGGACAGCGACGCGGUGGAGCACAACGAGAAGCAGUACGCGCGGUCGUCGGCCAAGCAGUUCUUGCUCUUGGCCAAGCGGGCCUUCACCAAGGAGUGGCGCGACAUGACCACCAACCGAUCGCGCGUGAUGAGCGCCAUCCUCAUCUCCCUCAUCACCGGCACCCUCUUCCUUCGUCUCGGCAAUCACCAGGAUGACGCUCGUACCAAGCUGGGCUUGACGUUCACGAUCAUGGCCUACUUCUCCUUCUCCGCGCUCAACGCGCUUCCGGGCAUCAUCGCCGAUCGGGCGGUCUACUACUACCAGCGCGACGGCAAAUACUACAAACCGCUGCCCUACCUCCUGUCCAACAUUCUCGCCGAGAUUCCCAUGACUGUGAUAGAAACGCUGCUGUUUUGCAGCAUAACGUAUUGGAUGACUGGUUUGAACUCAGGCGGUGAUCGCUUCAUCUUCUUCCUUCUCAUCUGCGGCGCAUACUACUUCAUGACCCGCGCGUUCAACCGGUUCAUUGCUUGCAUUGCACCCGACUUGAAUGCGGCCCAGGGCAUCUCUCCGGUCCUCACUGCACUCUCGAUCCUCUUGGGCGGCUACAUGAUCACCAGGAUCUACGGCUUCCAGGGCCUGGUCGCCAACGAAUUCUGGGGCAGCACCUACUGGUGCUCUCCCGACGAGCUCAGCCCGCCUCCCGACAGAACCCCCAACUUCAACCUCCCCUAUCCCCAGGGCUAUGCCGGUAAUCAGAUGUGCGGCAUCACGAGCGGCACUGACUAUGCUGUCAAUGAGUUCGACGUGUGGAACUAUUCGUGGAUCAAGUGGGUCUUCCUGGCCGUGAUCUGCUGCUACUGGCUCAUCUGGACCGUGCUCGCCUUCCUGGCCCUCCGCUUCGUCAGGCACACGCCGCCUCCGCCGCCGCGCAUGCAAGAGAAGAAGGAGUCCGACGACACAGAGCUCGCCGACUUCGACAUCCAAGAGGUCAAGAAAGAGGCCGCCCACAAGCGCAUGAGCAAGAAGGGGCACAAGAGCAAGCGCAACCCGCCGGUGGACAAGGGAGCCUACCUGUCGUGGAGCAACCUGAACUACUCGGUCUUUGUGCGCAAGGGCAUCAAGAAGAACGAGCUGCAGCUCCUUCAUGACGUGUCGGGCUACGUCAAGCCGGGCAUGAUGCUGGCGCUCAUGGGCUCGUCGGGCGCCGGCAAGUCGACGCUGAUGGACGUCCUGGCGCGCCGCAAGACCGGCGGCAAGACCACGGGCGAUAUUUUGAUCAACGGCCGCAAGGCCGACAGCAGCCUCAACCGCAUCAUCGGCUACGUCGAACAGCAGGACAUCCACAACCCCUCCCAGACUGUCCUCGAAGCGCUCGAGUUCAGUGCCAUCUGCCGUUUGCCGCAUACGAUUCCGGUGGAGCAGAAGAAGCAGUACGCGCGCAGCCUGCUGUCGAUCCUGGGCCUGGAGAAGCAGGCCGACAUGGUGAUCGGCAACAACAUGCAGGACGGCAUCUCCGCCGAUCAGCGCAAGCGCGUCACCAUGGGCGUCGAGAUGGCCGCCGACCCGGCCAUCCUCUUCCUGGACGAGCCGACGUCGGGUCUGGACUCGUUUGGCGCCGAGCGCGUGAUGAAGGCCGUGCAGAACAUCUCAUCCCGCGGCACGCCGGUGGUGUGCACCAUCCACCAGCCCUCGGCCACCAUCUUCGGCCUGUUCACCCACCUCCUACUGCUCAAGAAAGGAGGGUACACGACCUACUUUGGGCCGAUCGGCGAGCGACCGGGCGACUGCUCGAUCAUGCUCGACUACUUCUCGAGCGCGCUCGGCCGCCAGCUCAAGCCCUUCCAGAACCCGGCCGAGUUCAUCCUCGAAGUCACCGGCGCCGGCAUCUCGGGCGCCCAGAAGAAGAAGGACGAGAACGGCGAGGACAUCGCGCCCAAGACCGGCGAAGAUGAUGUGGCCGUGGCGGCCUUCAGAGACUCCAGCUUCAACAAGGAGACUCAAGAAGCGCUGGAGAAGGGCAUCUACCCGAUGAACGAGGAGACCAACGAGCGCUCGGGCAAGAUGCGCCGGAAGUGGAAGCAGAUGAAGGCCAAGAUGCAGGGCCGCUACGCCACGCCGUUCUACGUGCAGCUGUGGGAGCUCAUCAAGCGCUCCUUCCUCCAGUACUGGCGAACGCCGCCCGAUUUCAUGUCCAAGAUCACCUCACCGCUCCUCAUGGGCCUCAUCAUGGGAACUCUGUUUUUGCAGCUGGACGAUGACCAAGCGGGCGCCACGGAGCGGGCUGCGGUUAUCUACUUCUCUCUGAUCAUUUGCAACCUGACGUCCAUGCAGCUCCUGGCUCGAGUGGUUGUCGACCGGGCGGUGUUCUACCGCGAAAACGCGUCGCGAACCUACAACAGCAUGGCCUACGCCGUCACCAUGAUCGUCGUCGAGUGGCCCUUCUGUCUGAUCGCCGCGGUCCUCUAUGUUAUUCCGGUCUACUUCAUUGUGGGCUUCCAGUACGACGCGGGCAAGUUCUGGAUCUUCUUCGCCGUGAUGCUCCUCAACUUCUUGAUCUCCGUUGCGCUGGUCCAACUCCUGGCCCUCCUCGCGCCCAACAUGAUCCUGGCCAACUCGCUCUGCGCCAUCGCCUUCACCGUCUUCGCCCUCUUCUCCGGCUUCCUCAUCUCCCGCGAAAACAUUCCCGACUGGUGGAUCUGGAUGCACUAUCUCGAUAUCAACAUGUAUCCGCUGGAGUUGCUGGUGGCGAACGAGAUGGACGGGCUCAAUCUGCACUGCUCUGGCAGCCAGUACCUGCAGGUCCCCAUCAGCGGAACCGACAACACCAUGCCCUACUGCCCCAUGACCCAGGGCUCCGACUUCUUGGACUCGGUUGACUUUGACAAGGACAACAUGCUGCGCGAUGGCCUGGUGUUCAUCGGCUUCUACCUGGCCUUCGUCGCCGGCGUGAUGAUGACCAUCAAGUUCGUUCGCCACCAGAACAGAUAA